GUGACGCCACCGCGCCGCGCGCGCGCCCCCACUAUAAAGUGCGUGUCCCCGCGGCGGGGAGGGCGCAGUGUGCGGCGCGGCGGCUGAGGAGCAGUUCGGCAGCGGCACAGCGUAGAAGCUUCGGCGCGCAGCGCUACCGGCACCGGCGCUUCCUUCUCUUCGUACCGGUAAGUGAGGAAAAAUGGCCCGUACAAAGCAGACCGCCCGCAAGUCCACUGGGGGGAAAGCGCCGCGCAAGCAGCUGGCCACGAAGGCGGCCCGGAAAAGCGCCCCCUCUACCGGCGGCGUCAAGAAGCCUCACCGCUACAGGCCGGGAACCGUCGCGCUCCGUGAGAUCCGUCGUUAUCAGAAAUCCACGGAGCUGCUGAUCCGCAAGCUGCCCUUCCAGCGGCUGGUCAGGGAAAUCGCCCAAGAUUUCAAAACAGAUUUGAGGUUCCAGAGUGCGGCCAUCGGUGCUCUGCAGGAGGCCAGCGAGGCGUAUCUGGUGGGUUUGUUUGAAGACACAAACCUGUGUGCUAUCCAUGCCAAGAGAGUCACCAUCAUGCCCAAAGAUAUCCAGUUGGCUCGCAGGAUACGGGGAGAGAGGGCUUAAGUGAAGGCUGUUUUUAUGGUGUUUUGUAGUUAAUUCUGUAAAAUACUUUGGUUUUAAUUUGUGACUUUUUUUGUAAGAAAUUGUUUAUAAUAUGUUGCAUUUGUACUUAAGUCAUUCCAUCUUUCACUCAGGAUGAAUGCUAAAAGUGACUGUUCACAUAAACCUCAGUGAUGUUGAGCCUCGGGCUCGGGAGUGACAAGUUGCUAAUAUGCAGAAGGGAUGGGUGUUCUUUCUUGCUUCUCAUGCAUGUUUCUGUAUGUUAAUGACUUGUUGGGUAGAUAAACUUGUAAGGUACUAGAAUUGAUAUAAAUGUGUACAGGGUCCUUUUGCAAUAAAACUGGUUAUGACUUGAUCCAAGUGUUUAACAAUUGGGGCUGUUAGUCUGACCAUGCAUCACUGUGAUCAAAUGUGGACUUCCUUCAGAGGGUGAAAUUACAAGUCUUAACCACAGUGUAACUUACAGUUUCCUAAAAACGUAAACCUGGCAGCUAUAGAAUACACUAUGUGCAUUUAUAAUAGCUAUUUUAUAUAUUGUAGUGUCAACAUUUUUAAAUUAAAUGUUUUACAUUCACA